AUGCAGCGCGUUUCUGCUUUCCUGCCCUCAUGGGAAAAGAGGAACUCUGGCGGUUCCCGGAGUAGUGGCAGCAUGUUUGGAUGGCCCAACAGAUCUUCGCAGCCUCCGCCUCCCAAUGGCCUGUCCAAGAUCAACACCGACGCCGCCAACAUGCAGGUCAAGCGGGUUCAGCGAGAAGCCUUUUGGCCCGCGACGCUAGACCUUGAGAGCGACAAAGCCGCCCGCAUCCUCAAGUCUUUUUGCGUGGACGGCUAUUUCGCCCCUAUCGACGAUGUGCCGGCGUCUCCGUCUUCCACCUCGACAGGCGUCAGGACGCUGGAUCAAAUCCCCAAGAAAAUCCCCAAACGAAUAAUACAGAAUGCCGCCGGCAUUGCUGUCUUCACAUGCAUGCGGAGUGGCCUGUGGAUGACUGGUUCGGGUGGUUCAGGCAUUCUCAUUGCCAGAAAGUCGGACGGCACCUGGUCUCCGCCUUCAGGCAUUAUGCUUCACACUCCAACCCUCAGCUUCAUCAUUGGAGUUGACGUCUACGACUGCGUUCUAGUCAUUAGCAGUCUUUCUGCGCUCGAAUCCGUCUCCAGGCCGCGAGUGACUCUCGGCGAAGAUGUAGAGCUUCGGUCGGGAGAGACCGUUUCGCUCGGCUCCGAUGAAUCCGAGGUCAAUUGGAGAGACCUGGGCAACACCGUGCUGACAUACAUGAAAGCCCGAGGCCAGCAGCAAUCAGUCAACCUGUAUGGGUGCAUGCUGUCCGAGCGUAGCAACGAAAACGACCGCUUUUACGGCUCCACCGACAUCACUCAUAUGGACAUCCUAGCUGGAAAUGUCGCGCGAGGUGUCGAAGAGACGACUUCUUUGAAUGAAGUCCUCAAAAUGGCCGAGGGAAGGACUGACUACGACAACGCCGUCAUCAACAGGGUCGCUGCAGAGCCGGCUCCGAGUGACGCCUUGAUCACCACAAGCCCUCCCAAGUCAGCGUCGAUGCCUGCGUCUCCUCACCCCUCGUUUGGUAUCCCCCAAGCGGAUGACCCCGACCCCUUUGGUGUCCUGGCGCUGGAAAUGGCAGGCCUCGAGAUCCGUGAGGCUGGCUCUCGCAUUCGACCGACAAGUAGCUUGUUCGACAUGAACCAGGCUCCCAUGAGCCCCGUUAUUGCGUCCAAGUUUAGCCGGCAGAGCAUGGAUACCUUUGUAUCAAGGAGCAACCGGGGUAGCUACGUGUCAACACGUACCAUCCGGAGCCAGGUGACUGAUGCCGGUACUCAGACUGAUACAGGCAACACGCCCGCGACGUCUCCCAGCCCGGGUCCUAGCGACAGCAACGGGCGGGUUUCUCCAGCGUACAUUGCAUCUGUAAAGGAGGAGGAUGAAGAGGAUGAAGAGGUAGAGAGAGCAAGAAAGGAGGAACAUGAAGAAGAAGACGAGGAAGAGGAGGAGGAGGUUGAAGAAGAAGAAGUGGAGGUGGCAAACGCCAUCGUCCGCGAUGCCGGACAUAGACUCUCCAAAGACGUGUCUGUCGGCCCCGACUCUGCGGAUGAAGCAGAGCUAAGCGACAGCGAUGCCAUAUCCCUCUCAGAAAGCCUUCGCCGUGAAGAAGAUGCGAUGAUCCAUGACGAAUCAAGCGAAGAAGAAGGGCUGUAUGAGGAUGUCGAUGACGACAGUGAAGACGACAUGCAUGAUGCCGAUGAGGACGAUGACAUUGAAGAGGAGGAGCCCGUGGUUUUUGAAGUCGCUGCGGUGCAGCGAACUAGCACACAGGCCCUCUCCUCUCGCAUGAUCCAAGCUCGGGGCAAUGUGGUGACAAUCGCCAAGAGAGUGCCCCCACCUCUGCCAACGCGCAGCCCUGCCAGGAUGUCUCGCAUUGCCAACAAGGACGCCGCUGGCGAGGAGCUAAGCCUGCAGAGCCCACUUAGCCAGACAUUCAGCAGCGAUGGCGAUGUGGAAGGCCAUGAAGCCAACGCCGACAAGAUCGACGCUGUGGCAACGACGGAGCAGAAAGAGCACGAGGCUGAGCGCUCUGAAAGCGAAGAGAGCGAUGCCGCAGAGGAGCCCCAGCGCAAGACCCUGGCUGCGGAGGCGGAUGUGUCCAGCGCCGACGAGUCCAGUGGCGAUGAGGCCGACUUGGAGGCACACAAGCAGGAUGACGCUCUGUUGGGCGAACCGCACAAUGAGCAGGCCGACAACUCGGAUGCGGCAUCCAACAAGAAGAAGCACACCUCAUCCAUCUACACUGGUGUGACCGAGGACCGGUGGAGCGAUAACGGCUCUUCAGUCACCACUCCCACUUCUGAGCGGAGAUUCUCUCUGCUGGAGGACAAGAUUGUUGAUGAGACACCCAAGAAGACGACUCAAGAAGCAAAGGAAGUUGAAGAUUCUCCCUCUGCACCCACCGCAACUGCGCAAGCAGUGACAGUGGCAAACUAGACAACGAUACAACUCGAACACGCGACACGACGACAAACAGACAGCAUUCAUUACCCAGCAGCCAAGAGGACGGAUACACGAAAUUAUUAUAUUCCCUUCGCGCUCUCAUUCGACUAUUUCUUUACUCGUUUUGUUCUUUCUCAUUUACGGAUAUCGACUAAUAAUUGGCGUGCGGAUCUUUACUGGGAUAAAGCUCUUUAUAUCAUACCGAGAUAUCUGGGCGGCGCUGUCGGCUUCGAGAAUGAAGCGCUUGCUUGGGACUACCUUUUGAUGAAGAAAAAUCAGUGGCGUUUGGAGACUUGGGCAUUGUGCUUUUUUAUAUAGAUUUAGGAUGCCCUUUUUGCGAUUGCAUGGAGCAACGACGGGGUGCUGCAGUUGCAGAGGUAGUGACGGGGAAACAUUUUUGGUGUAUGAUAUUACAACUGGGGGGGAGAGGGAACCAUCAAUAACGAGGCAAAUGAUGUCGCAAACAGGAUACUGCGUACGCGGCAGCGGAUAUUUCUUCUUUUCUCUUUAGUUUUGGGAUCAGUGUUUCUGCUCUUUUAGUAAUUCUAAUCGAGGGAAGGGAGAGGCUUCCAUGCUUUGUCCUUUC